AGUGGCAACUGUGAUUCGUGCCCGAUUCAUCAGUCCAUUAAUAUGGAUUACGAUCCAGAGGAGUAAUUAAUAAUUAUGCACCUAAAAAACAAAUACACCCUACUAAUGGGCGCCAAGCGAAAAAAUCAUAUGUUUAUACUUUAGAUAUCUUUAUCGAGCAAUUUCUUUUCGUAUCCUAGUAAAUGUGGGCGAGGUGUGCGCGGAAAGCCUUCACUGAGCGGAAUAUCCUAGAUAGGAAACAUAAUAAUAGCUUUCAUGCUUUAUUGACGAUAUUAAAAGUUGCACAAUUUUCGUGAAUUUAAGGGGUACGAAUGCAUACAUACAUACAUAUGUAGCUAUUAACAACAACAAAAAGCAGAAAAAUUAAGAUAAAGAGGUGGGAAGAAUUGGGUGGUUUGAAGUUGGCAGCGCAACGAUCGACCGGGUGUUAGUGGAAGUGGCGAGUUUACUCUGCCCCAUUUUAGAAAGAAUUUUGGCAGCGUUAGCAAAAUUUUGUGUGUAGCAGCGCAGCUGAAUGAGAAUUUUAAACGUACUGUGGAUUCUGCUGAAAAUGCUCUACCAAUUGCUUUGGUGUCUGGCGCGCCUACUCUCAGUGCUCUUUAAUGUUUUCUGGUUCGCCUGUAAUCUCGCUUCAGCGUGUAUUCCCUGGUUGACAUUAGUAUUGCUGGUCGCUUGUGUGGCUUCCAAAUUUGCAAAGUUGCGAAGCCCCAAUGAAAAACGCUUAUUUAGUUUGCUGGGCGGUUGUGCACCGGAAGAACUAACAUAUUGGCCCAUAGCUAAUCGUGGUGCUGGCUAUGAUGCGCCCGAAAACUCUAGAGCUGCAAUAAAGAAGUGUGCUGCACGUGGCUAUAGAAAUGUGCUGCUGGAAGCCGGGUUAACUGCGGACGGGGAGAUAGUGAUCGUAAAUCGACCUACGCUGGAACGUGGCGGCUUAAUGGGUGGAACUGCGCGGUAUACGCUGGAGGAAUUGCGCAAACUGAAUAUAACUGAGCUGCAUCCAUUAGGCUCACAGUUUGAGGCUGAACAAAUACUCACGCUUGCACAGUUAAUGCAAUUCUUGGAGGAGCAACAAAGGAUAACCGUCUUCUUGCACAUUCUGGAUAAUAACGUACGAAUGCUAGAAAGGUUGAAAGCUGCAAUAGAGGCCAAUGCACAAUUUACCUCUCGUAUGAUACUCAUCAGUCGCUCCCCCUACGCUAUUUAUCAGUUACGUAAAUUGUAUCCAGAGUUGAUUUGCGGCCUUUGGACUGAGAAAUCACUGUCCUUGGCCAUACUUAAGGCCUCAACACUGAUCACAUCGAUUUAUGGCGCAUUGUUUCGCAAUAUUAUAGCACCAGUUAUUGGUAUUAGUGUUGUUUUUGUAAACAAAGAGGAAUUCAAUCUCCAUAUCGCUGAACUUUGGCGUAAUGUUGGCGUACGGCCACUGGUAUACAAUGUAAACUCACCCAACGAAAAACGCUACUUUCAGAAAACAAUGAAAACGCAAUAUUUAACUGAUUCAUUACGCUCCGAACCACAUCUUCUUAUGAAGGCUUAGUUAAGAAAUAAUUGGCUUUGCAUGUACAUUGUACGUCUAUGUUUGUGUACUUCAUCUAUUUUUUGCAACCAAAUGUUUUCUGGAUACAAACUACACACCGUCCCUACAUUUAUAUAUUACACUAAUGCAGC